UCUGUGCGUCUGAUGAAGAAUGACACCAUGAACUUCCAGAAAUUCUCCUACACCAACGAAGAUGAAGCCUGGAAAACCUACCUAGAGAACCCCUUGACGGCAGCCACCAAAGCUAUGAUGCGGGUGAACGGAGACGACGACAGCGUGGCUGCCCUGAGCCUCCUCUAUGACUACUACAUGGUCCCAAAGGAGAAGAGGAUUCUUCCAUCUGGUAUGAUGGGACGCAAUGAACUAGGAAAGAGGCACUGCCACGGAAUGGAGUACGACCCAGAGAUCGCAUCCUUUGAUGGCUCAGCACACCUCAUGAAGCUCUUGUCUGAAAACGUUUCCAUGACCCAAGAGUAUUGUGAGCCACACAAGAAGAACGGCUUAAGCCUUGAAGGCGUCCCUACUCCUCACAAGCCAGCCAUGCUUCCGCCAGGCACCAGCAAGCUGGAUGCCACCCCAGACAACUACAUGGUCCCUCCAGGGGAUGUAUACGACAACAGCUCCUUGAACUCCCUCUUCGAGACCAUCCCCGUAGCCCCAGCACAGCAGAGGUGGCAGCCAGACAGCACUUUCAAGGAGGACCCCCAGGAGUCGCUGCUCUUCAGUGACAUCCUCAAACCCCAGCCAGAGCCCCCUUGCCCCGAGAGUUACGCUACGGACGGUGUUAAGAGUGACUUUGAAUACACCCUGGGGUCACCCAAAGCCAUUCACAUCAAGUCUGGGGACUCUCCCAUGGCCUACCUCAACAAAGGACAGUUCUACCCCAUCACGCUGCGGACAGCUGGAGACAGCAAAUGUUUACACUUGUCCUCAAAUAAAGUGAAGAGUGUUGUGAUGAUUGUUUUUGACAACGAAAAGAUCCCGACGGAGCAGCUCAAGUUCUGGAAGCACUGGCAUUCCCGCCAGCCCACGGCCAAGCAGAGAGUCAUUGACGUCGCUGACUGUAAAGAAAACUUCAACACGGUGCAGAACAUUGAGGAGUUAGCUUACAACGCGCUCUCCUUCGUCUGGAACAUCCACGAAGAAGCAAAGGUGUUUAUUGGGGUGAAUUGCCUGAGCACUGACUUCUCCUCCCAGAAGGGAGUGAAAGGCGUCCCGCUGAACCUCCAGAUAGACACGUACGACUACGGCAACGGAGCCAGCCAGCUGGUGCACCGCGCCGUCUGCCAGAUCAAGAUCUUCUGCGAUAAGGGAGCAGAGAGGAAAAUGCGGGAUGAUGAAAGGAAACAGUUCCGAAGGAAAGGAAAAUGCCUGGACUCCAAUAACAAUGGUCUGAAAGGCUGUUUGCUCUCUGGCUUCAGAGGGAAUGAAAUCACGUUCCUGAGGCCAGAGACUGACCUCGAAACCCAGCCAGUCCUGUUUAUCCCCAACGUCCAUUUUUCAAACCUGCAGAGGUGUGGCACGGUGCUCCCUCCUGCUGUUCCCAACUCUGCCAACAGGCUGCCCUUAAAACGGAGCGGCGCCUCCUUCACGGAUGAGUUUGAGCCGAUUCCUCCAAAGCAAACCAAGGAAGAAGAUCCUCAGAGAGUCUUGUUGUACGUGCGGAGGGAGUCAGAGGAAGUGUUCGACGCUCUCAUGCUGAAGACGCCAGAUCUCCAGGGCCUCAGAACAGCUAUUUCAGAGAAAUAUGGCCUUCCCGAGGAAAGCAUUUAUAAAGUCUACAAAAAAUGCAAAAGAGGGUAA